AGUUUGAGACUUUUUCCUCGGAAACGCCAUCUUACAUAGAAAGGGGGGUUUAAACGGGUUGAAAACAGGAAAACGGGGGUAGUGACAGGGAUUAAUUAUCACUUUGGAAUCGUGUGUGAAAUUUUCCCGUAGCUUUGAAGUAGCAUCAGUCAUGGCUCUGGGUCUUUUUAAGGAAAAGUGAGAGAAAUCCGCACUGGUCGGCCCGAAGUUAGCUUAGCCAGUGGGGGAGAGAGGGCGGAGAGUUAGAGGAUUUUUUUUUCCGCUGUGAAAGAAGUUAUUUGUUUAUGUUGUUCAACGCGGAUAUGUCCUCUUCAAAUCCAGACCUGGAAGACCAUAGUCUGGGUAUGGGAGCAAGUGGGACCCAGAACGGCGGCGCUGGUGGACCGAAGGGGACCAACAAAAGACGGGCAGCGCCGGACUUUGAUGACGAUGAUGGAAGCAAGAUGUUAAGAUUUGAUGAUGAAACAGGAGGCUCCAACAAUGAAAAAGAGCGCUUUGCCAGGUUUCUGGAAGAAGAUCAGAGUUUUGCAGAUAAGGAAAAACUAGCCAGGGAGAACCACAGUGAGAUUGAGAGGCGGAGGCGGAACAAGAUGUCUGCCUACAUCGGAGAGCUGUCGGACAUGGUUCCCUCGUGCAGCGCGUUGGCACGGAAACCAGACAAGCUGACCAUCCUGCGAAUGGCGGUCUCUCACAUGAAGUCUCUCAGAGGAAAUGCCAAUACUAAUGCCGACGGGUCAUACAAACCUUCUUUUCUCAGCGAUCAGGAACUAAAGCACCUCAUUUUGGAAGCAGCGGACGGCUUCCUGUUUGUGGUGUCAUGCGAGACGGGCCGGGUUGUUUACGUCUCGGACUCGGUCACACCUGUACUUAACCAGUCGCAGUCUGAAUGGCUGGGAUCUUCUCUUUAUGAUCAGCUCCACCCAGACGACACAGAGAAGCUCAGGGAGCAGCUCUCCACUUCGGAGAACAACAACACAGGGAGGAUGUUGGACCUGAAGACAGGAACUGUGAAAAAGGAGAGUCAGCAGUCAUCAGCAAGAAUGACAAUGGGGGCGCGCCGAUCAUUCAUCUGCCGAAUGAGGUGUGGAACAUGCCCAGUGGAACCAAUGUCUAUGAACAGGCUCGGCUUUCUCAAGAGUAGGAACAGGAACGGAUUAGGAACACCCAAGGAAGGGGAACCCCAGUACGUUGUGGUCCACUGUACAGGAUACAUUAAGUCCUGGCCCCCUGCGGGUGUAUCAUUAACAGAUGAUGAAGCAGACAGCAAUCAGGGGAGUCGCUACUGUCUAGUUGCCAUUGGAAGAUUACAGGUCACCUGUUGCCCUGGUGACACAGACCUGAACAGCAUCAGUGUUCCUGUGGAGUUCAUCUCCCGCCACAACUGCCAGGGCAUGUUCACCUUCGUAGACCAUCGCUGCUUGGCCUCGACCGGCUACCAGCCCCAGGAAUUACUGGGGAAGAAUAUUCUAGAUUUUUCUCACCCUGAAGACCAGGGCUUGCUGAGAGACAGCUUUGACCAGGUGGUUAAGUUGAAAGGCCAGGUUCUGUCGGUCAUGUUUCGGUUCCGGGCCAAAACCAGAAAAUGGAUGCUGAUGAGAACGAGCUCCUUCACCUUCCAGAACCCCUUUUCAGAGGAGAUCGAGUACAUCAUCUGUACCAAUGUCAACGUCAACAGAAACUCAACCCAGGACCCUCUCACUCCCAUCUCCUCCCCCGGGGCUCCAAUGCCCCUGGGUCAGAGCAGCCCAAAUGGCCAUCCUGCUGUGCUCAGCCCAGGCCCGAUGGCCGCCAGACAGCUACAGCAGCAUCAGCAGCAGGCCGACCUGGAGGGAGGGGCAACAAGAGACGGGAUGUAUGAGGCGGGACCAAUCAAUAUCCAGCAACAGAUGCCGGUGCAGCCGGUGGCAGCGGUGGGGCCGGACCACGGCAAAACCAUAGAGAAGCAGGAGAUCUACCCGCCCAUCUUCCCAGGGCCAGAUCAGACCAAGGGCAUGCCGACCAACUCGACGCCUUCCACUCAGAUUUACACAAACAACUUUUCUGCUGGCUGCUCCAAUGACUCAUACAGACCAGUCGCUAUGCCGCCACAGAUGACACAGCCGGCGCACACGGCACCGCAGAUGCUGCCUCACAUGUCUCGCCAAAACGGCGCCCCGCAGCCUGUUACCCCAUCAAGCACUAACAACCCCCUCCACGGACCGCCAGGAGGAUGGCCCGGCCCCGGACCUGCUGCAGCCAGGCCGCAGUUCAGUAACCAGCAGGUUGCUCCGCAGGCAGCAAAGACGAUGUCCCAGCAGUUUCCUCCAAUCGGAGGAUUCGGCGGCGGCUCCUCUAACACCUUUAGCCAGAUGCCGACUGGUGCCGCUCCCACCCCCACCAACGGCACAAACUACCCUCAGAUGAACCCUCGCACCAGCCUCAACACCAACGGCUACGACACUUCCCAGUCUGGAGGCCAGUUUCCACAUCGAGCGACGGAGGCGGUGUGGCCUCAGUGGCCGGGCCAGCAGCAGCAGCAGCAGCAUCCUCAGAACAACAGAGAGCAGCAUCCUCACGCUCAGGGAAACCAGCAGGACAUGUUUCCUGAUGUGUUGUCUAUGCUAGACCAGCCUGCCUCCUUCAACAGCGACGACUUUGAGAUCGCCAUCUACCCGCCGUACAACGAGUGACCAGCGCUGCGCCUCUCUUCUUCCUCUGCCGGGUGAAUCUUUCCUUCACAUCUUCUGCUCCUGAACUCUUCUUCCUCCUCUUCCUCCUCCUGCUCAUAGUGGCAGUCUUUCCUCACUUUCUGUGGCCUCGCUGUAAGUCAGGUAAAGAUGAAGGGAUAUUUUACUGCUCCUAAAUUAAGUAGAAAGUGAAAGAAUAACGUUAUAACAAAACAGAGAGAUAUUAUUUUCACAAUAUUCCAGUCAUUGUAAGAGAUUGCUGCAGCUAGCACCACCCAAAGCUCCAUACCGGUGUUGUAGAUGUGUGAUAUCAGUAUGUAUGAAUAGAAAGAUAUGAUAAAACGCACAAUGGCACCACCACACGUGGAUGGACUGCACAAAAAAAAAGAAAAAACACACACACACACACACUGCCAUUCUUUGAGAACACACACACAGAUAAAAUGGCCUUUUUUUUGCAACAUGCCAGUGGGUUUUCUCAGGAUUACUAGAAUAUUUUCCUAUUUUACUCCUUAGCAGGUAUACUAAGUAUUUCAGAGAAUGAUUUAAAACCUUGGAAAAUAGCAGGGAUAUAUAUAUAUAUAUAUAUGUUCAUUAGAUUUUUUUUUAUUCAUUAUGAAUCCACAGCAUGUAUUUGCAUGAUUUACAGCUUUAAAUAUUCUGAAGAUUUAUAUUUAAUUUAACGUAUACGUGGCUGACUUCACCUAUAAAAGUUUCUUUACCCAUCAAGUUACUUUGACAACACAUGUGGACGGCAGCAUAUCUUUUAUACAGUCUUUCUGCUGGCAACAUGCUUGUUUCCCAUCUUUCCUCACCGAUACACGACUACAGCCCCCAUGUGUGCGAGUUUGUAAGAUUUAUGCAUAAUUAACGAAAGGUUGUUGGGUAUCUGCCUUGCGUCAUUUACCCUACAUUUGUGGGCUUUUUGUACUCCUUUUGUAUAUGUAAAAAAAAAAAAAAAAUCAGCAGCAAUAAUUGACAGACAGGAUCUAUGUAUUUUUAAAGCCAUUCUUACCUUUUUCAUGUUUUAAGAUGCAGAGAUGUGAUUGUAAUCUUCUGAUUUUAAUUAUGCUUCUUGAGUAUUUUAUUGAGCUCUUCGUCGCUUCUCUCGCGUUGAUGUUUUACGGUUAGAUCAGGGUAUUCAAGCAAGUGGACCUACAUGUGAAAAUGUACAAACAGGUUAUUUUUUUCUGCCUCAGUGUUUUUUCUCUUUUUUUCACGAUGUUUGGGUGAGGACUCAACUUUUGCCAACAGGAUGUGUUCUGUACAGCUUUCGCAGUGGAGCAACGUGAGAUAAAGAUCUUUAAUUUUUUGAAAUGUUGACUUUGAGGUUAAGUGUUUUAUUUUUACAUGUCUGUGUAACAUUCACACACUUGUAAUAGCAGACUAUGUAAGUGCAGUGUAGAUAAUUGAGUGUUUUCUGAUCUUCCAAAGGAUGGCAUGUUGGUGAUUUGUGUUUGUUCUUUGAUGUUUUUUUUUGUGUUCAAAGCAACUGAUUACUCUGUAUCCAGGUUUAUUUUUCACUCUUAGAAACACAAAUAUAUAAAUAUACUGUAUAUGUUUAUGAAAUUUUAAGAGAAAUAUUUGUUUUUUUGUAUUAAAUUGUUAUAUUGUCAAAACCGAA